CGCUCAGGGGAGGAGGCGGGCGGACUGAUUCAGCAAGUUUGGUUGCAGCCGGUCCGGGGAUUUCACGGAGAAAGAAGAAAAGCGGCGGAAAAAUGCUGCCCCUCUCGUUACUGAAGACAGCACAGAAUCAUCCCAUGCUUGUGGAGUUGAAGAACGGAGAGACAUACAAUGGUCACCUGGUCAGCUGUGACAACUGGAUGAACAUCAACCUGCGGGAGGUGAUUUGCACAUCCAGGGAUGGAGACAAGUUCUGGAAGAUGCCGGAAUGCUACAUCCGUGGUAGUACCAUCAAGUAUCUCCGGAUCCCCGAUGAAAUUAUCGACAUGGUGAAGGAGGAGGUGCUGUCGAAGGGCAGAGGUCGCGGUGGCCUCCAGCAGCAGAAGCAGCAGCAGCAGCAGCAGAAAGGUCGCGGUGCCAGUGGUGGGGCUGGACGAGGAGUGUUCGGUGGCCGUGGACGAGGAGUGGGCGGAGUUGGCCGAGGGCAAGAGAAGAAACCAGGAAAACUACCCGGAAUGAAGAAGCAGUGAGAAGAACAGCAAAUGUGUGUGUGUGCGUGUGCGCUCGUAUGUCCAUGCUGUAUGUUUUGUUUGUGUGCGUGCGUACCAUCCAAUGGAUUUUGAUGGUGUUUGCUUUCUGUACAGAUUACCUGAAUGAGUGACAAAUCCGCGACUGGAGAUCGGUUACCUAGGUUUUGUAAAUUAUAAAUAAAUGAUGUUUGAGGGAA